AUGAAGCACAGCAACAACUCUACAUCCACUGAGGUUGAUAUUAAGUCUAAACCAGCCAAAAUAAAGGAGCCUAAUCUGGCUGGUAACCAUGGAUCCAAGGGUUCCUCUUCUAAGGUCCCUUCAGAAGGUGAAAACUCGGUUUCUAAGGACAAGAUGAGUGAGGAUCUAGAAAAUGAGAAACCAAAAUUAUUGAUCAGGCUUACCAGAGAAGAGAUUGAAGAAGAUUAUCUUGCAAUGACUGGAAAAAAGCUUCCAAGAAACAAGAUGAGGAGGGACUAUCUAGUGGUCUUAGCAGGUGCAUUUUAA